AGCCAUUUUGGCUCAAGGCUCGCCCCACGGUUUGGUCGGAGCGCCCCGCAGGAGAGGCCUCCAGGUAGUGGCGGUGCCGGCUUGUUUGGGUCCCCUGGAUACCGGCACGGAUGGCAGACAAUGGCGUUUGCGACAGUGACACCUGCCCGAGAACCGAGCUGCCGAUGUACUGCGUCACGGAAGACAACUCGCUGCCGAGGGGCUUGUGCUACGUGGAGGAUUUUCUCUCGUGGUCCGCAGGACCGGCUCGGGAGCUGCUGCUCAACCGUUUUGCUCUGCUUGUUAGUUUCAUAAUGAUCUUGCAGUUCCACUUGAUGCCCUUGCUCGCAUAUUGGUGUGAAAAAUACAAGUUCACCGUCGGAGCGAAGGUUAUCAGGGCUGCUUUCGGACAUUCUAGGAAAUCUAACUUCUUUCGCAGCCUCGGCCGGCAUAUUUACAUCUUGAACAUCUACUACAGUGGGGCAUUGGAGGCCAUGAAGGUAGCCUUGUUAGGCUCGUACGAACAUCAGCCCUUCAUCGAGUCACUCCUCUUCGCGUUCUUCGAAUCUCUUUUCGUUUAUCACCUUUUCCGCUACCUGCAGAAGAGACGAUAUGAUUACGAAUUUCAGGAAGCCAAGGCGAACCAUCAGAAUUUGGACGAAAUCGUCACGAAGUUUGCGGACUACUCCGUCCCAUGGGGCUUCGCGACAAUAACUUUUAUCGCGCAGUUCAUGCUGUUCUCUGUAUUCAUAUUGGACAUGAACGGCGAUGAGAACACACACUGUAGAUGCAAGAUGAAUAUAUACCAUUGGUUUGCUGCGGUGCUCGUCACGAACGUCUCCGGUCAUGACGAGAGCGGUGGGACCUUCCGGCAAGCAGCGUGGAAUCUCUUGUGGACAUCUGAGAGUGACGAAUUCAAAGUGAAAGAAUAUCCUGUAGAAGGUUGGAGCCGCUGGUUCUAUGACGGCACCAUCAACGCUUUUUGUCGUGAAGUUCUCCUCUGCCUCGCACCAGUAGCUCUUUCUGUCACCGAUCGUGACGAUCUCGUGAAGGAUUGCCUGGCCAUCUUCUUCAUCUCGAGGAUGGACGACAUCGAGCCCAAGAAGAUUGAAGACUCCCUCAAGGACUGGAGGGAGCAGCGAAUGCUCCUUCAGUCGAGGGCGUUCGACCAGACCGAAGUCGAAACGGGCCUUGGCCAAACAAGUCAGGCGGAGGCCGCCUCUGGCCUUGAAGGUCAAGCACUCAUGGGAGAGUAGGCCGCUUGGGGGCCGAAUUCGACGACCGAACACCCAGCCAGCUUGACGACAAGCUCAAGCUUUUGUGCUGGAAGGUCAGCUUGGCGGCUGCGAGGGAGGGCCCUCUCGGCGGCGGCCGCCGUCUUGUCGUGCGGGCCGCACCUGAUGGGCCCACCCUCCGGACGAUGGUGGCCUGGGGUGGCGAGAGGCGGCCUGGCUCCCGAGGCCUCGAGCUCGCCGGCCGGGAUGUCAAGGGCGCCCCGGCUCUCUCGACUUUCGCGAGUGCAAUGUAGAGCACGCAAAUGCCGUUUGAAUGCGGGCGGACCCCUCCAGUCAGCGCUCGGGCACGGGCCUGCCUGGAUCCUUCCAUGGUCUUCCGGUUACGGCGUGCUUGCUUGCACUUCCGUCGAACCGGUUGAAGAGUCUCCUGCGCCGCCACACCCGCCAGCUUGCGCUCCGAGUAGGACCCCGCUGGCGCUGCCGUGGCGUCGUCCGCUGUGAACGCCGCGUCGACCGUGCCCGUCUAGCUUGCGGCUGUGCUCGCUGAGCUUCCCGCGGGCGCAGCUGUGCUCAGCGCGCGCCCGGUGGGGGCGAGCCUUCCGCGAGCUUGUAAUGCCAUGCCUAUAUGUCUCUCUAUGCUAGCUCUCCGCCGCGGUCGCCCUGCGAUGCCUGGGCGCAACCCGAUGCGGGUAGGGCUCGGCUGACGGGUGAACCACCGCUUCGACACCUUGCUUCAAAAACACAUCGUACGCAAAC